AUGAUUGUUUCCAGAAUUGUCUAUGCUGCAUUUGAAGGGAACAUUGAGGAUAUCAUUCAGAAAAUGCCAUCCAGUGCUAAUGAUUCUCUACUCUAUGGAGUUUUGAAAAUAAUAUCAAUGAAACUCCAUGAACAAUACAAAUCAACUGAAAUUAUUCCAUUAGUAUUGGCCUUUGAUGAAUAUCAAUUGGCUACGAGACAUAUUUCAGGACUACACACCACAAUCCAACACAAAUUAGGAUGGUAUAUGAGACAUGUGCAAUUCCAACACCAAAUUUUACUCUUUCCUGCUUUUGCAGGAACCUUGAACGAAAAUGACGCGAAAAUGGAACCAACACAAUAUACACCCGCAACAUUGCCACUUCCAUCAUUGAGAUCGAUAGAUAUCCAAGAGAUUAUGCAAGAUUUGGGCCUGUCAGCACUGUACGAGAGAAAUAGGGAGUUUUGGAAUGCCAUUGGAGUCGUACCUCGGCAUUUACAGUGGGCUCUAGAAGGCUAUGAUGUAAAGAAGCAAGAGUUACAAAAUAUGGUAGACAUUUUCAAUGAAGAUACUGUAAUAUCCAGCAUAUAUUACAACGUAACAAACACCGUUCAAAGGCAAUAUGGAAGUGAUUUACAAAAACCAACGGAUUACUUUGUCGAAUUGGCUCUGAGAACAUUAUCUGGAUUGAGUGAAACGGAACAAGAUGACAGAAUUACCAAGUACAUCCGUGAAGGAAAGGUAUAUGACACUAAUGACUUUGUUGGGCUUCCUCUCGUAGUAAUUGAUAUCUUGGCAACAAAGAAGGAUUGCAUUCCAAAGCAGGUCGUGACGGAUUUCAUUACAGCAACAUCAAAAAAACCCAGAUGGGAAAUAUUUGAGGAAGUGUGUAUCAAAACAAUGACGGCUAGAUUUAAUGUUUUGUACACUGUCAACAAAUCAACGACUGUACCUUUUUCAAGGUUGUUUAAGGGCGCACACUUUGCAAAAAUGGGAAGAAUUCUUUUGGAAACUACUAAUGAUGAGUGGUUUAGGUAUUGUUGCUUGGAUUCAAAAAUAUCAGACAGCAACGGAAAUGCAAAUAACGAACUUCUCACACUGAAUCAUUUGGCAAAGACGAAAAAGAAUCAUAAAGAUAUUGAUGGAGUAUUUUGUCCUUUAAUCAAUGUUAACACAGGCAAAAGAAUUGUCUUUGUUGUGCAAAACAAAUUUCAACAAGAAGACUCGGAGAAAACUUUGCUCUCACCAGGCGAGAUUGUGGAGUAUUAUGAAAAUGCGGCUAAAACACCGUUCGAAAACUCUGAGACUUUUGUAAUCAUUUUCACAAACAAAAAAAUAUCCAAAUCAACAAGAGAUAUGAUAGAAAAAGGAAAAAUUACAACCACCAAAGAAAAAAAGGAACUUGUAGUCGCUACUGAUAAGUUAAUAGUUGUAUCUGGUGAUUGUUUUGAUAAUUUCUUUCAUCCUUUCGUUGCCAAUAUUUUGCUUGGAGGCCAAUAA